UAUGGAUUUGUAAGGUUAUGGUUUAAUGCUUCUGAGUUUCCUUAUCUUCACAAGACUUCAGUUUCAUUCAAACAAAGAAAGAAGAGCGCCAAACAAAAUUAAAAGCUACUAAAAACAAUGGCUGCUGCUUCUACUUCUCCAAACUUCUCAACACCUUUGCAUAAUAACAUUAACCUCAAAACAUUCCCUAAAUGUUUGAAUACCAAACUUAGCUUCUCAUCAUUCUAUGUGCCAUACAACAAGUCCAUUAUUAUUCGAGCAAAAUCAUUUGGCGCGACGAAAUUCGACGAGGUUGUGGUUGAUGAAGAGAUGGACAAGAUUAGGAGGCUUCAGAACGGCUCGGACGUCAGAGGGGUGGCGUUGGAGGGCGAGAAAGGAAGGCCGGUCGACCUUACUCCCCCCGCCGUAGAGGCAAUAGUAGAGAGUUUUGGAGAGUGGGUUAUACGUGGUUUGGAGAGUGAAAAAGGACACCCUGUGGAGAAUGUGAGGGUCUCACUAGGCCGUGAUCCUCGAAUCUCCGGCACUAAGCUCAGCGCGGCGGUGUUUGCUGGCCUUGCUCGCGCCGGUUGCAUGGUCUAUGACAUGGGACUAGCCACAACACCGGCUUGUUUCAUGAGUACAUUGUUGCCACCAUUUAUGUAUGAUGCCUCAAUAAUGAUGACAGCAUCUCACUUACCUUACACAAGAAAUGGUCUCAAGUUCUUUACAAAGAGAGGGGGAUUGACUUCACAACAGGUAGAAGAGAUAUGUGAUAAAGCUGCUCAUAAAUAUGCAAAUAGGUUGGCCAAAGUAUCUACCUUGCUCAACGUUCUUCCAACUAAGGUUGACUUCAUGAGCACUUAUGCAAAGCAUCUAAGAGAAAUCAUCAAGGAGAGGGUCAACCAUCCUUUGCAUUAUGACACUCCACUCCAGGGAUUUCAGAUAAUUGUAAAUGCUGGAAAUGGAUCAGGAGGAUUCUUUACAUGGGAUGUGUUAGACAAACUUGGAGCAGAUACCUUUGGGUCUCUGCACCUCAACCCUGACGGCAUGUUCCCCAACCACAUCCCGAACCCAGAGGACAAAACCGCCAUGGCGCUGACACGAGCCGCCGUGCUGGACAACUCGGCCGACCUUGGAAUAGUGUUCGACACCGAUGUGGACAGAAGUGGCGUGGUUGACAAGAAAGGGAAUCCAAUAAAUGGUGACAAGUUAAUCGCUCUCAUGGCUGCAAUUGUUCUAAAGGAAAAUCCAGGUUCGACUAUAGUGACCGAUGCUCGAACAAGCAUGGGACUGACUAGAUUCAUAACUGAAAGAGGAGGACACCAUUGCCUCUACCGAGUUGGAUACCGGAAUGUUAUUGAUAAGGGAGCUCAGCUCAACGACGAAGGAAUCGAGACGCAUCUUAUGAUGGAAACAUCUGGCCAUGGUGCUCUUAAAGAGAAUCAUUUCCUCGACGAUGGCGCCUACAUGGUGGUGAAGAUUAUAAUCGAAAUGGUGCGAAUGAAGCUCGCCGGAUCAGCUGAUGAUGAAGGAAUUGGUAGUCUCAUAAAAGAUCUUGAAGAGCCUUGUGAAUCCGUAGAGCUAAGGAUAAAUAUAAUCUCUGAAGCUAGAGAUGCCAAAGCAAAAGGAUCAGAGGCUAUUGAAACAUUUAGAAAGUAUAUUGAGGAAGGGAAGCUUAAAGGGUGGGAUUUGGAUGCAUGUGGUGACUGUUGGGUGAGUGAAGGGUGUCUGCUUGAUUCAAAUGACACUCCUACACCCAUUGACGCUUACAUGUACAGGGCAAAAGUAUCUAAUGAUGAGCAUGGAGAACAUGGUUGGGUUCACAUGAGGCAGAGUAUUCACAAUCCAAACAUUGCUGUGAACAUGCAAUCAUCUGUUCAAGGAGGAUGUUGGUCCAUGGCAAGAGCUUUUAGAGACGAUUUCCUUAAAUCAAGUGGAGUUGAUGCAUUCCUUGACAUUACUCAAAUUGAUAAGUUUGCUGAAAAUGGCACCGUGGCCUAAUUUGGAAAUGGCAUUUCCAACGUGACACCAUUUUAUAGUGAAUUAUUGUACAUUUGUACCAUAAAAUUAAGAAAAAUUAAAUAUAAGUAUACCACUGCAGUUGAGUACAUAUAAAAUGUAACAAGAUAUGAGAAUAAUGUUAGACUCUAUAGAUCAAAUAAUAAGGAUUUAGAACACCAGUUUAUAUACAAUAAUGAAACCUGAAAGUACCAA